GGUCCCUGCAUUGUUGAUCUCAUUAUACCUCUACAGCAAACAUGACGGUCCCAGCACUGAGAGUUACAAUAGAUGGCGAUAACAACAAGAUAUACCAAGCAGGAGAGAAGGUCAAGGGUCAGGUCUGGUUGGCAGUAGAAGAGCAAAAGGAGGUUGAAUCGCUGAAGUUGGUCUUCGCCGGGAGUUGUAUUACCAAGACCACUAGACCACUGCAUACACAUGGCAACAACGAUGCCACUGCGUCAAGGCAACCCUACGAGGAAAAGAUACGCCUGUUCAACCGAGAAAAACAUCUGCUUUCUCACUACAGACUUGGACCGAAGAAAUAUUCCUGGAAUUUUGAAUUCAUCUUCCCAGCAUCUACCGAACCUCAGUACAAACGCUCGACACAUGGAGACAAUUACCUCUGGGAACCACAUCCACUCCCGCCUACAUUCCAACUAAAAACAGACGUCCCGGACGGUACAGCACAAAUAUCCUACUUUGUCCAGGCAAGACUCGUUCUAUCCGGCUCCACAGAAACAAAGAGAUGCAAGCAAACACUCCGCUACCACCCCAAACCACCCGCAUACUCAACCUCUCGCUCCCUCUCCACCUCCUCCGUCCUCUACGGCCAAUCCUGGAAGCCCACCCGCGAAAAAGAGGAAUCCCGCGUGAAAAAAGUCUUCUCAGGCGUCUCCAUGAACUCGACUCCGCGCAUCGUCCCCACACUCUACCACCCCAUCUGUGUCGGACCCGGCGGCCACAUCCCCCUCUCCCUCAACCUCCUCAACGCCCGCGACCCCGCCAACCACGCUGAGCGCCACUGCACCAUCUCCACCCUCUCCAUCGUCAUAUCCACCUACUCCACCACCAUGUGCGGAAACUCGUCUUCCUACCUCGAAGACACUGUCACUAAACACGUAACCUGCAUCUCGCGGUCCGACAUGCAGAAGCAAGCUCCUUUUAAUAAGACAGUGGCCCUGACUUCGAAUUCUUUCCGCCUCCUCGAUGAUGCAGAGUGCGUUCCGUCGUUUAAGACGUAUACCGUUACCCGGCGGUACACGUUGGGUGUUACGGUUGGUAUACAGUAUAACGACCAGGAAUUCGUGGUCAGGUCUACCACGCCGCUGGAGAUCUUGCCACGGGUACGUCGUGAUGCGCCGGCUUUGACGCAGACAGAUGAGGAGGAAGAUGCGGAGCCCCUGCCGGUAUACAGUCCGAGGGAGCCGGAGAGAGAGUUUGCACCGGAUUAUGAGGAAAUUUUUAACACGUUGUCUCGUAUACCAUCGAGUGGGGAGUCGGUUUUGUCUAGGGUGGAGUCGAGUAGUUCAAGUUUGUUUUCGAGGGGGUCCGGGGUCAGUACUGUGGCGAGUACGCCGGGGGUCGAGGUAGAGCAGAUGAGGUUUGAGAGGGUUGUGUGAUGGUGUUCUUUUUCUUAUAACUAUUAGAUGUGGUAUGAUGGGAUGAACACUUGGAUGUGCAGUCUUUUUUUUUUUCUUUUCUUUUUCACACUUUCCUGGGGAAACGAGGGUUUUUUUGGUCUUCUCACAUGAGUGUAAAGACGAGAUGGAGUCAGGCGUUUCUGAUACCAAUUAGCUUUCGGAGUAGAGCCCAUCUUUGCAAAACACAAUCAAGUCACCAGAAAC